AAAAAAUAGAUGCAUCUGUUGCUUAUUUACAUUUACCAGUAUGGUCAUCAAAAUCGAUUAUUAAUCUUAAUGAUUAUUGUCGAAUUUUUGAAAGUCGAUCUAAAUUAUUGGCAAAAGAGAAUUUUGCACGAAUGUUAGAAUCAUCGUCGUCUCCGUAUGAUACAUUUCUAAAUAAUUCAAUUCAAUUAGUACAAAUGGCGAAGGCUCAUAUGGAAUCAUUUUUAAUACGAUCAUUCUAUGAACAAGUAAAUAAAGCUGAUCAACAUCCAUCAAUUUCAUUCGUACUUCAACAACUUUUUUACGUAUUUGCUAUACAUACAUUACGUAAUGAAUCAAUAGAUUUCAUUCGAUUAAAAUUAUUAUCACCUGAUCAAAUCUAUGAUCUUGAAACUCGUGUUUUACCUGAUAUUUAUACACGACUUCGUCCAAAUCUUGUUGCUUUAGUCGAUGCUUUUGAUUUUCAUGAUAAUGAAAUUGAUUCUUGUUUGGGACGAUAUGAUGGACAAGUUUAUGAAGCGUUACUAGAACGAGCUCGACUCAAUCCAUCCAACAGAUACAAAGUUCCUCCAGUAUGGGUAUCAUUAAAACAAGGAAACUUAUCUAAACUCUAG